AUGAGUGAUUGGCAAAUUGAACAACACGCUUUACAAACUGUUUGGUAUUUUAUCUAUCGGUUUUUAUCGAAUCAUUUAGAUGUACAUAGCAGUAUUUCGUUGUCAUCAUCUGAAGAAUAUCUCGAUUCAAAGCAUGAUCUACAGCUCUUUUGGAGAUGCACUGAUAUUCCCCUAGAGACUAUCUGCAGCUAUAUAGAAUUAGCUGACUUCUGUGAGGCCUUAGAAUAUUGUUAUUUUCCGGACGAACCAGUAGACCAUGCGGACGACGUCUAUGAUUCAAAUGGUAAUAACGGGGAUAUUAAAAUCCUCAUGGAAUCAUCUGGGGACUUGUCCAAAAUGGCAAUAAGUGGUGACGAGAGAGGGACUCCAGGAGUCCAUAAUCCACCAUCGAAGGACCACAGAAACCAUGAUAUAGUAUUUGGUAAAAUAAUUUCGAGCGUGCGUCAAGAAAAUUUCAAUCGCCACCCAAUUCCGGAUAAUGAUUUUGUGUAUGGCAAAAUGGUCUUUCACGCAAAGGAGUAACUCUCAAAUUCUCGAUACAAAAACGACGCAUGGAAGGACAAUACAAGAAAAAUUACUGUGCCACCA